AUGACUGACAAUCCGGUGGAUGCUAAUCUGAUUGAUCUUACGGCGGACAUCGUCUCUGCAUAUGUGAGCAACAAUACGGUUGCUUCAACUGAUCUGCCGAGCCUGAUCAAUGAAGUGCAUGGCGCGCUGCAGAAAACGGCAUCCGCUUCCAACGAGCCGGAGCCGGAGCCGCUCAAGCCCGCUGUCCCGGUCAAGAAAUCGGUCAUGCCCGACUACAUCAUCUGCCUGGAAGACGGCAAGAAGUUCAAGUCUCUCAAGCGUCACCUGCGUACUCAUUACAACAUGACGCCGGAAGAAUACCGGGACAAGUGGGACCUUGGUGCCGACUAUCCGAUGGUUGCACCGAAUUACGCAGCUGCCCGUUCGGAACUUGCCAAGAAAAUGGGUCUCGGACAGCAGCGCAAGCGCUCCAAGUAA